CUCAGACGAAUUCUUCAGUCGCCCUUUGAGUAUAUAUUGUUGAUACCUCCACAAAACUGUGAACACUGUCCCUUUCGCGACAAAGAUGCAAUCAUGUUGGAUUAUUGCCUUACUUAUUAUAGGUUUCGUCGCUGUGUCAGUCACCUCGUCCUCAAAAAAAAAUAAAUGUCCAUCUGGCUACCGAUACCUGAUGAUGACAAAGUCAUGCUACAAACUCUACACGGAGAAGAAGACAUAUGAUGAGGCCAGGAGGAGGUGCCAAGAUGUCCACCCGUCAUAUCACUUGGUCUCCAUUGCUGACAAGAUGGAGAAUAGUAUUGUUCAGUACUAUGCUAUGAAAAGCGGCUCAGUCUGGAUUGGUAUAAGGAAAACAAGAAGUUCUGCCAAGGACCGUUGGGACACCGGAGAUAAGGUGACAUAUAAAAGGUGGUCAAGGCGACACCCGCGGAGAGGGACGUGCGGAUCGAUGCGCAGCACUAGCGGGUUCUGGGAUGUCAAGUCGUGCAGCAAGAAGACAGCGUAUAUUUGCAAAGGGAAACCAGUAACCAAAACACGCUGCAUGCCCGGUUAUAAGAAAAUGAGAGGUGGCUGCUACAAGCUGUUUGAGGAUCAGGUCCAUUUCCACCUCGCUGAGAUCAUGUGCCGCAGGUCGGGGCCAGGGUAUCACGUUACCUCAAUCAAAGACAAGUCGGAUAAUCAGAUGGUGGUAUCUUUGCUAAAGGGCACAUCAAAGGUUGGGAACUACUGGAUUGGUCUUGAAAGGAAACCUACCACUUUCGAAACGAACCGGUUUAAAUGGAUUGAUGGAAAACCUGUCAGUUUCUUUAACUGGGGGAAAGGCCAACCUGAUAAUAAGUAUGGGAAACAGUAUUGCACGGUGAUCUCUCGUUACACUGGAAAAUGGUCAGACUUCUACUGUAACAGUCCAAAUAAUUUGGCAUUUGUAUGCAGAGGGGAACUGCAAGAUAAAUCAACCAUUGAUAAAUUCGUCGCGAAGAUGAAGAAGGAAAGACAGAGCAUUGCAGGAACAGACCAGGGAUGUCCACUACACUACCUUCGAGUAAACACGCGAUGCUACAGAUUGUACACGACCAGGAAGAGUUUCGACGCCGCGGCGGCAAGCUGUACCAAGGACGACCCGGGCUUCCAUCUGGCUACAGCAUCUUACAAGGAGAAAAAUGACAUCAUCAGGACCUUUGUGAGAUGGGCUAACGGAUCAUCACUUUGGAUCGGUUUUAAAGUAAAGGAUGGAAUAUCACUGAAACACCAGAAAUGGUUUGACGGGAAGAAGGUCGUUGAUGAAAAAUGGGUGACUCGAAGUUACACCAACACCGAAAGAUGCGGUGUGAUGACAAGUUCGGGCCAGUGGAAUCGCUAUGUUUGCUUUGAGUAUGUAAGGCUGCCUUUCGCCUGCGAGGGUAAAGCAAAGGCAAGUGCUAAGGAAUUAGCAAACGGUUCCUGCCCUAAACGUUACACAAAAGGUUUGGGGUCAUGCUACAAGGUCAACCGGAACAGAACGAAUCGAAAGAAUGCUGCAAGAAUCUGUCAGAAGGAUGGGAAGGAUUACCACUUGGUUACCAUCACCAGCGAGCGCGAGAACUUGUUCCUGAUGCACCUGACAAAAUCUGUGCACCUUACCCAGUGGAUAGGUCUGAGGAAAGUCAAGCCCAGGACGUAUGCGUGGGACAACAAGGAGCCGUUCUCCUAUUCCCACUGGAAACCAGGCGUUCUAAAGUAUGCUGAAACAGGACGGUCAAGGAUGAAGACAUGUACGUCGAUGAGUAAUGGCCAGUGGAAAAAUGAAUACUGUGUAAGCCUGCUCCGCCUCUACUUCAUCUGCGAGGGGCCGGUUAAGGUCUAACUCUUGCUGAAUUAAAAAAAGCACUAUGUAUUAA